CCUCCUCCUCCUCCUCCGCUCUCCGCCUCUCUCAGUUUUCCCUUCCCUCGCCGGAAAAACCCCAAAGGAAGAAGAAAAAGAAAAAAAAUCUCGAACCAGUCGGCCGUCCAUCAUCCGGAUUUGGAUGCGUUGUAUUUUAACGCCGAUCCUCUCCUACGUCUCUAAAUCAUGUCCGACGUCGCCGAUGACGAAUCCCUGUCCUCGCCACCGCCGCCUAUUCCUCCUCCACCGAGACCGGUCCUGGCUUCGUCUCCCCGGCCGGUCGCGAUCCGAUCGGUGUGGGCCGACAAUCUGGAGUCGGAGUUUGCUCUGAUCCGCGCCGUCGUCGACGAUUACCCGCUGAUUUCGAUGGACACGGAGUUCCCCGGCGUGGUGAUGCGGCCGCAGGGGGAGGAGCAAGGGAACCGGCUUCAGGAUCCGACGGGGCGGUACUUGAGCCUCAAGGCCAACGUCGACAUGCUCAAACUGAUCCAGGUAGGGCUCACGAUCGCUGAUCGUGGCGGCAAUCUGCCGGAUCUCGGCACCGGGACUACUUGCUUUAUUUGGGAAUUCAAUUUUAGGGAUUUCGACGUGACGCGCGACUCGCACGCUCACGACUCCGUCGAUCUCUUGAGGAGGCAAGGGAUCGACUUCGAGAAGAACACCAAGGACGGUAUCGAGGCAGUGAAAUUCGCCGAGCUGAUGAUGUCUUCGGGCCUGGUGUUGAACGACUCGGUCAGUUGGGUCACUUUCCACAGCGCUUACGAUUUCGGCUACUUGGUCAAGUGUUUGACCCAGCGUCCAUUGCCGGACAGGUUAACCGAGUUUCUGGACAUAGUGAGGAUGUUCUUCGGCGAUAAGGUCUAUGACAUUAAGCAUCUGAUGAGGUUUGUGGCGAAUUUGUUUGGAGGUCUGGACAGGACGUGUAAGACUUUGGGUGUGGAGAGGGUCACUGGGAAGAGUCACCAAGCCGGCUCGGAUAGUUUGGCUACACUCCAUGCAUUUCAGAAAAUGAGGGAGAAGUACUUCAACGAUUGGGAGGAUGGAGCUAUGGAGAAGUACGCCAAUGUCUUAUAUGGGUUAGAGCUGUUACCGUCAUAAAAAAUCCUGUUGGUGCCAGUUGAUUUCAUUUGUAGAGAUGUGACUUUCUGGCUUAGAAAGGGAGGUUUUUCUUUUCCUGUAUACAUUUCGAAGCUUUUCAUCAAGAUAUUAAUAUUAGUUACCCAUUGAAUUCAUUGAGUUUCAUAAUAUGCCUAUGUCUUUCUCUAUCAAUUAUGACGAGUAUCAACUGUAUGCGUAACACGCCGGGUGCGUAGCUGGUAAUGAUUAGGGCGUGCUAAUGUUCUUUGCUGGUGCUAUAGUGUGCAGUUGUUGGUGGACUGCAGCCUAAGGUCUCCAAAAUUUUCAAGUUUCACAUGCACUUCAGGUCUGGAAUACGAACUGCUGGUUUAGGCAUAGGUUAGCUGAGUUGUUUUAGGAACCAAGUUGAAUGAUUCUAGAGAGCUGUUUGCUGGUGGUGAAACUGUGGUUCAAUUUAGUAGGAUCACUGCUCUGUGCUGCUGCAUAUGAGUGUGAUAUAGAAUGGACAAUCUUACAUCCCAGUUUUUCUUUCACUGUGGCUGUAGGAAAGGGUUAAUUUGUUGCAGUGAUCACAUUAGGGUACUGAUACAGGCUGAUCCAUAGACUUGACCUGUUUCUUGAACGAAACCUAUUUUGCUUUUAGGAUCAGAAGUACUAGUCCAUCUCAUAUCAAGUCACAGACCGAGAAUGAAGAAACAUGCGUACGAGAACCCUAUAUGUUGACUUUCCUAGUGUCAUUCAUAUGCAAUCAAAUCUUUGUAUAACAUGGCUUGGAACACCUGCUGCAGGGAUAAACUCGAUCCUCAGAAUCAAAUGCCUUCCUUUAGAAAAUUCAUUCUGACUCUGACUGCUGAGAAAAAAAUAUCUUCAAACCAAAGUUGCAUUCACUAUAUCUUCAUAUUGCCUGAUUUUGAGAAGUUUUUGCAAAUACUUGAGAACUUUUAUAAGCCCUUCUUUAUUGUAUGCAUGGCACCUGCUGUCUGCACUUUCUGUUCAUGCGCAAAAGUGUUGGAUAAGUUGGAAGGUUUAAUCAACAAGUUGAGAGGGUUGAAUGCUCAAAUUCCUUACAGUGGGUUGCUAACUUAGUUGCUGGAAAGAACGUUGUGGUAAGUGGUAACAGCCAAAGCAUGAUUGGAUUGUUUGCUCAAACUUGUAUUUAGAUUGAGUCGUGAUUUUCUCACCUAGUAGCAUCUAUAUCCGUUUUAAGGAGCAUGUGCCUUAGAACAACAGAUCGAUCAAUCAUUUGAGAACCACACAAGUGUGUCUUAAGUUUUCAAUGUUAUUGGAAUCGACUUUGCAGCUGCAAAUUCUGCCAGAGUAAGGAAUCAUCUCAUGACUUUACUUUUACUCUGUGGUUGUGGAUUAUAACCUGGUAUGCUUAAGUCCCAUGAUACUAUUCAUCAGCAUUGCAGCUGGCUAGUUUCAGUGUGCUCUUGAGCUGUUCAGACAGCUCUUGAAAUGUUGCUGAUUAGUAAUUGACAACAGUUUGUCUUAUGUUUGUCAUCUUGUCCCAGUUGUUAUUUUGAUAAAGAAGUUGAAGGUGAUUUGUUCUGGAUAUAUUUGUUUUCUCAUCUGGAGGUAACAUACAUAUGCUUUCUAUAUCAAGUGAGUACUCUGACUAGUUACUCAUAUGGCUUUGGUAAUAAAAGUUCAGAAUAUCUUCAGGAUUACUACUUACAGUUUCUGAACAACUUUCUAGGAUGCUGGUUUCCCAUGACGCCAUCUUUCAGCUUGAGCAGAGGAAUCCAACGAGCAGUAGCGCUGAUUGCACCCCAGAUUUUUGAAUAGGUGAAAAAAAAUCUCUUCUUUGCUCCGUGGGAUAUGAGAAUGUUCGCUCAAUGUUUGCUUAGUUGCCAUGGAUUAUCUCUAGCUUUUAUUUGUGUUUAUAACUUCUUGCUCUCUAUAGUCUGUGAUAUUGAAUCAACGUUGUCACAUGUCCCUGUGAUAUUGAAUCAACGUUGUCACAUGCCCCUGAAUGAGUUUAUCCGUUUGUAUUUGUAUCUGUGCAUACCAGAAUUGAAUUGUGAGAGCUUCAGUAAUCGUUGAACAUGGCCCAUCAUGUUUGUAAUCUCAGUAUACUGCAUAUCCAAUGAUAACCUUUGUUUCUUCUUACACUCCCUCGUGGCUUUAUGGUAAUGUUUGUGUGGGAAUCAACUUUGCACCUGCAACUUCUGCAGAGUAAGGAAUCAUCUCAUGACUGAACUUUUGCGUGCUCCUUGUAAAGGUUACUUAUAUUUUCUUCUGUGGCUAUGGAUCAUACCUGUUGGGCUUAGGUCCCAUGAGACCAUUCAUUCAUUAGUAUUGCAGCUGGCUUGUUCCAGUUGUGCUCUUGAGCUGUUCAGACAGCUCUUGAAAUGUUGCUGAUUAGUAAUUGAUAACGGUUCGUCUUAAGUUUGUCAUCUUGUCCCAGCUGUUAAUCUGGUAAAGAAGUUGGUGUUUGUUUUGGACAUUAAUAUUUUUUCAUCUGGAGGAAACACAUAUGCUUUCUAUAUGUCUGGAUACCCUGACUCGUUACUCUCAUAUGGCUAUUAUGAUAGAAGUUCAGAAUAUCUUCAGGAUUACUCGUUACAGUUUCUGAACAGGUUUCUAGGCUACCGGUUUCUCAUGAUGCUAUCUUUUAGCUUCAUCAGAGGAAUUCAAAGAGCAAUAGCGGUGAAUGCAUCUCAGAUCUUUGAAUAGGUAACAAAGAUCGCUUCUUUGCUUCGUGGGAUAUUAUGAUCGUUGCUCCAGGUUUAAUUAGUUUCCAUGGAACAUCUCUAGGCUUUUAUUUUUUAUCAUAACUUCUCAUAGUCGUCUCUCAUAUUUUUUGUCUGUGAUAUCGAAUCAACUUUGUUACAUGUCCCUGAAUGAGUUUUUCGUUUGUAUUUUUAUCUGUAUACCAGAAAUCGAUUAUGAGAGCUUCAGUAAUCGCAGAACAUGACCCAUCAUGUUUGUAAUCUCAGUAUACUGCAUAUGCAAUGAUAACCCAUGUUUCUUAUUAGACUCCCUCGUGGCCUUAUGGUAACUUUUGUGUGGGUUAUGGCCUACAGGUGAUUUGCGCCUAGUUUGAACAAUGUUUGGCAUCGUACAUAUGCAUAUCUUUCCAAAAAUUUACCCUGUCGAUGAUAUUAGCCCAUCUAGUUUAUGGGUCUUCCUGUUCCAUUGUACCCUCUUUCUCUCUGGUCGACUCUUUUUGUUUUUUAGCUGCCUCUUAUCACCCUCUCUAAGUACCAUCUGAUUUAUGUCACUAACUCUUAUGAAAUGAGUUAACCCUGUAAGAAAAGUAUCACAGAUAC